GCAAACGGGGCGGUGGCCCCGGUUAAAGGGGAAACUUGACAGCGCCGCCGCCCGCUCCGCUCCGCGACCGCUCCGCCGCCGCCAGCGCGCUCCGCUCCGCCGCGAUCUCUGCCUCCACCACCGCCAAGAUGCUGCUCCUGCUGCUGGGGAUCAUCGUGCUGCACGUCACCGUGCUGGUGCUGCUCUUCGUCUCCACCAUCGUCAGUCAAUGGCUGGUGAACGGCGAGCACGCGGCAGACCUGUGGCAGAACUGCACCACCGGCAGCCCCUUCCAGUGCCUGGCAUCGUCCUCCAACGAAUGGCUGCAGUCUGUCCAAGCCAUGAUGAUCCUCUCUGUCAUCUUCAGCGUGCUGUCGCUGUUCCUGUUCUUCUGCCAGCUCUUCACGCUCACCAAGGGCGGCCGCUUCUACAUCACCGGAGUCUUCCAGAUCCUGGCAGGGCUGUGCGUGAUGAGCGGCGCUGCCAUCUUCACAGUGAGGCACACGGACUGGCAGCAAGCCUUGGAAAGCACCUCCUACGGCUUCGCCUACAUCCUGGCCUGGCUGGCCUUCCCCCUGGCCCUGGCCAGCGGCAUCGUCUAUGUCAUCCUGCGGAAGCGCGAGUGACGCCGCGGGACGUGGCCGCGUGACGGGGGCAGCCGCCACCUCCUCACGGGAGACGGGGGAGAAUAGACGAGAAAACGGAAAAGAAAAUUAACCAAAAAAAAAAAAAAAAAAAAAAAGGAAUCAACCCUCCCACCCAAAUCAAACCCAACCGACCCCCAGAGGAAACACUCAAAGGGUUCCUUGUUAAUUGAAGAUGUAUAUAGUAUCUAUGGUUUAAAAAACCUAUUUAUAACACUUUUUACAUAUAUGUACAUAGUCUUGUUUGCUUCUGUUGACCAUGUGCUGUUUUAAAGCCUGAAGCAAGUGCCUAAGGAACUCUCACUCCUAACAGUGUAACAAGAGCGCAGUGAUCAUUCUCUCAUGCAAAAUCCUCUUUGAGUUGACCUCUCCUGCCCUGUCCCAGCCCGCCAGAGCCCCCAGCUCUGGUUUUAGGCUGGUGUGGAUCAGCCACGCCUGGUUCUGCAGCCAGAGGGCUGGGCCCUGCUCCUGCCGCAUGCUGUGAUCCACAGGGCACGUCCAGAUCUGACGGGAGACGCUUCCAAAAGGUUUGAAGGAUUUCAGAGCAAAGGCUUUGAUUGCCCCAAGUGCCUAAAUGACUUAUGUGCCUAAGUCCCACUGCCUUGCCGCCACACCCGCUGGGAAUUUUGGCUUUUAAAUCACUUAGGCCGAGCUGCAGCCCGGCCCGGGCCGUCCUCCCUCGCGCGGCCACCGGGGCUGGGCUGUGCCGAGCGCUGGGAGCUGCUGCUCCCAGCCUGGGACAUCCUCUGCCCUUGCCGUGGAGCUGAGGUGCCCUGAGACUGCAGCCAGCCCAGCCUGUCCCUGAAAUCCAAUACCAGAUGUAUGAAAUGGUGCUAUCUAUUUACCAUUCCUUACCCUGCUACGCCAUUUAACCUUAGUCACUGGAAAUUCAGUUAACGACCUUGAGGUAAACAACCCAGCUAGAAAUGAAAAUAAUUCUGUGUAAUAUAAAUGAGCUAUAACUGCUUUUGUACUUAGAUUUGCUCUUACUAUUAUUUUAAAUAAAGCAUUUUUAACCAAGA